CACCGCUCGCGCCAUUGACUUUCCCUCCGAAAGCGCAACCUGGCGUCGCGGUCCCUUUUCCUCUUCUCUCCCCAGCUCUCUCACACUUCUCAAUCCCCUUCCUCUACGCCCACCAUGGUCGAGUGGUACGAGCCCGACAGCUGGGUGACGAAGCUCUUCGGAGCCCACCUCAGCACCUUCAUCAUCACCGUGCUCGUGGCCUUUGGCGCCCCGCUGCUGCUGCACAUGUACAUCUACCGGCAGCGGGCGCCAGCCAGCCUCCCAAACUUUGUGCUGCUCGGCCCCAGCGCCGCGGGCAAGACAGCCCUGCUCACGACCCUCGAGACCGGCCAGCCCCGCGACACGCACCCCACGCAGGCAGUGCACAAAGCCACGCUCACGCUGCCGCAAGACUACACACCGUUCUCGGCGCGCUACCGCAGCGUGAACGACCCAUCGGCGGUCAAAGGGCGCCAAGCCUACCUGACAGACACACCGGGGCACGGGAAGCUGCGCAGCGCCGCGACAGCCACAAUGGCCUCGGCGGCGAACCUGCGGGGCCUCGUCUUCGUCGUGGACGCGGCCGCGCUGGCCUCGCCCGCCGCCCUCAGCCAAGCCGCAGAGUUCCUGCACGACGUGCUGCUCGCGCUGCAGCGGCGCUACACCAGCGCCAAGACGAGCCGCGGGCCCAAGGCGUGCCCGGUGCUCGUCGCCGCCAACAAGAGCGACCUGUUCACGGCGCUGCCGGCGCAGCUCGUGCGCGCGCAGCUCGAGGCCGAGAUCACAAAGGUCAGGAGCGCGCGCGCAAAGGGCAUUCUGGACGUCGGUGUUGGCGAGGACGCUGAUGCCGCUGCCCCCGAUGCCGAGUGGUUGGGCGAUGGCGGCGAGGGCAAGUUCGAGUUCCGCCAGAUGGAGGAGGUCAACGUCGUUGUGGACGUGGUUGCCGGGAGCGUGACUGGCGAGGAGGGCCCCGGCGUUGGCGCGUGGUGGGAGUGGAUUGCUGGGCAGAUGUAGAUACACUACUUCUACAACAUACCUGUACCUGAACAGCCGGGUCGGGUUACGGUGGGUUGGGCUUGGUUGGGGCUUGGUUUUGCAACGAAUGUCGAUAUGAGAAACGAGAAAAUGGCCGCGAGGUUGGCAGGCUUGCUAUUGUCUAAUACCAGAGGAAUUCACCGGUGAGGCGGCACGUGGCAAGGACGACACCCGUC